ACAGUAAGGGGCGAUGAUAAGCACAAGCCUUUUAAAUCACACACACACACACACACACACACAAAAUCAGUUGACAGUUUGCCAUAAAAAUCCAGAGAAUUGUGGCAGUAAUGAAAGUCAGGAACUCUCCCUGGAGAAUAGUGGGCGUGGCUUUCGACUUUAAAUACACAUGUUUGAGAUAAGGACAAUUGAAUGUUAAUUUGCAUACCCCGCCCCUUUUGUUGGCGAAAGCUCCGCCCAGACGCACGAGGCUCGGCUCGGCUCGCGCUGUUCUUCUCGCUCUAAUCUCAACUGCCGUUGAAACGCACGAGCUCAGUUAACAUGCGCACGCGAUGGGAUUUCUGCGCUUUGUAAGAGUUUGGAGUUUUCUCUCAAACGUUUUGGAGUUCUGAAAAUAAAAAUACAAUUAAAAAAAAAAAAAAGCAAAGACGACACUCUCUGUCCUUCUGGGGUGAAGGGAAUGAAAAGUCGGCGGUGCUGAAGAAAUAAAGUAAGGGGGUGCCAUGCCGGCUGCUGCUCCCCUGCUGCUCCUCCACGCCAUCUGCUGGUGGCCCUUAGUGCUGUUCCUGCUGUUGCCCCCCUUGCCCCUCUUUGCCCUCACCAACCCCCCGACCUUCAUCUCCCUCCACGACUCGCGCCUUAACCACCUCUUACAGGACUCCAGCUCGGGCUACGUCUACGUAGGUGCGGUUAACGCGCUGUACCACCUCUCCUCAGACCUCCAGCUCAUCUCAUGGGGCAAAACAGGGCCCACGCUGGACAGCCCCGACUGUUUGCCCCCGAUUGAGCCUAAAGACUGCAGCCAGGCACGCCAAACUGACAACAUCAACCAGCUGCUGCUGCUGGAGAAACAGGAAGGGUCACAAGCACAGAGGCUGAUUGUGUGCGGCACCGUGCUGCAAGGCAUCUGCGAGAAGCGCAGCCUGGCCAACGUCUCCCAGGUGCUGUACCACACGGCCAACCCCGUGGACACACAGUACGUAGCCGCCAAUGACCCUCGUGUCUCCACUGUGGCUGUGCUCACUGAGCACAGGGGCACGCGCCUCAUGCUUGUGGGACGAGGUUACACCAGCAAAGGACCCGGCGGAAUUCCACCAAUCACAACACGCCGCCUCGAGCAGUACCAUUCCUCUCCUGCGUUUUCACAUGAGGAACUGGGUAAGCUUGUAGUGGGCAGUUACUCUGAAUACAACAACCAGUUUGUGAAGGCGCUGCACCACGGUACUCAUAUUUAUUUCCUGUUCUCACGCCGCGAUACGUUGAAAACACGUGAUUAUCAGACAUACAUAUCACGCCUCUGUGCCGGAGACCCCAGCUUUUACUCAUAUGUGGAGGUACCACUGAGCUGCACAGGAGGCUACAACCUGGCACAGGCGGCUGCGAUGGGAACUUACCUUGGAAAAGCCACUAUCUUUGUCGCCAUGGCAGCGGGGCAGGCGUCGACACCCACGCCCACGGCGCGCUCGGCUCUGUGUGCGUACAGCAUGGAGGAGCUGGAUCAGGCGCUGAAGCGGGCACAGGUUCUGUGCUACACACAGGAAGGAAAAGGAGACAAAGAGAAGGAGGCCUACAUCGCAUACGAAGUCUCCUCCAAGUGCCUCAAGCUUCCUCCGGAAUCUGUGUCCGAGUACCCGUGCGGAGGUGAGCACACACCUAGCCCUAUCGCCAGUGCAGUGCCUCUCCAAGCCACACCUGCCAAAACCUGGACAACCCAACUCACCGCUGUCGCUGUAGCAACUGAGGCUGGCCACACCAUUGCACUCCUGGGGGACAAGAGUGGACAACUUCACAAGGUCUUUGUUCAUGAGAAUGGUUCAGGUUCUCAGUAUGACUCGGUGAUGGUGGACCCUCAGAGCCCUGUUAACGCUGACCUCCUGCUGGACUCCACCUUACGCAAUGUUUAUGUCAUGACUGAGAAGAAGGUAACACGUUUGCCAGUGGCUCAGUGUGAGAGACAUUCAGACUGUCAUUCAUGCCUCUCUGUCCGAGACCCCUACUGCGGAUGGUGCUCACUAGAGGGCAGGUGUACUCGGAAGCUAGAGUGUGCCCGCCAUUCACAGCCUCACCACUGGCUGUGGAGUUAUGGUCAUGAUCGGCAGUGUGUGUCCAUCCAGAGUCUGGAUCCAGCCAUUCAGAGCCGGGAGGAGCAGACACAGGUUUCGUUCAUGGUGCAGCCAUUGCCAGCGCUGUCUGAGGAUGAGUCUCUGUCUUGUGCUUUUGGAACUUUGCCUGCUGAACCUGCCGUUGUGGAGGGAAACAGAAUCACCUGUCAAUCACCAUCACCUAUGCUCCUCCCCCCGAGUCCACCAGGGAGUGAUCACAUGACUAUCAGGCUAGCACUGAUGUUUGGAAAAGUAACCGUCUCUGGCACUAAUAUCACUUUCUACGACUGCAGGGCUGUGGGCAGGCUCAACGCUACCUCACCGUGCAUGGCAUGUGUGAGCAGCGAGUGGCCGUGCCACUGGUGCGCUCGAGAUGAACUCUGCACUCACAACCACAGCUGCCCGCAGCAACACAUCAUCUACAACAGCAGAGAGAAGUCGGAACCCCAUGGUGCAGAUGCAUGCCCGUGCGUGUGGGCUUUGGAAAGUUCCGCUUUGAUUCCAGUUGGAGUUGACACACAGCUGUUACUACAGGGCAAAAACCUGGACAUAUUUAAGGGCGACGAGAAUUACGAGUGUGUGGUGGUAAUUGAGGGCCAGGAGACGCUAUUACACGCCACCCUGGACAGGAGCAAAGAGACGGGCACACACGUGUUCAAGUGCGCCACUCAUAAGUUUCAGUACACAGUGAAACAGAUGGAGUACUUAGCUCCAGUGUACCUACAGAGAGGCACUCGGCGUAUAGACUCAGCUCCACACCUCCGCUUGCAGCUGUAUAACUGCUCGGUGGGUCAGUCAGACUGCAGUCAGUGCCGUGCCGUACCGGAGCAGUACCACUGUGUGUGGUGUGGAGGACAACGUCCACGCUGUGUGUUUCACGAGUCCUGCUCCAGCAUUACUGAAGAAGACUGUCCUCCACCGCUCAUUACUGAGGUGUGGCCACUGACAGGACCAUUAGAGGGAGGGAUUGUCCUCACUAUCCUGGGCUCCAACUUGGGUCAGCGUUACGAGGAUAUCCAGAAUGGAGUCACGGUGGCUGGAGUCACCUGCAAGCCGCUGCGCAACGCUUACCUUAUAUCAACCCGGAUCAUGUGUGAGCUUCAGCCCUCCACACGUGUGACCGCAGGGCCUGUGGUGGUGUCUGUGGGGAGCUCAGAGCCGGGUCAGUCCCAGCAGACGUUCACCUACCAGAACCCCGAGCUGAUCCGCAUUGUGCCCAGUAAAGGCCCCAGGGCGGGAGGCACCAGACUCACCGUGCACGGGGCUCAGCUCCUCACAGGGCAGGGCACUGACCUGCGGGCAUUCGUGGGCUCGCAGCCUUGUCACAUUGUGGAUGCAGUGAGUGACACACAGCUGGUGUGCCGCACCAGCCACUCAAACCAAACUGCAGAAGUACCCGUCAGAGUGCAGUUUGGAACAGCAGAGAGGACUGUGGGUAAUAUCCUCUUUCACUAUCUAGAGGAUCCGGUGAUCACUGAUGCGACUCCUACCGAGAGCUUCCAUGGAGGUGGGCGUAAUAUAAUGGUAACUGGCCAGAACUUGGAUGUGGUGCAGCAGCCGAUGAUGUCCGUUCGGUACGAGACCAUGGUCAGGAGACAGCGAUACAGUCAUGUCUCAGCCCGGAACAUUCCCCUCGACAGCGCCAUGGCCACGAAAAAGGCCCUCUGUGUGAAUGUUAGCUCAGAGCAGAUGAGUUGUCCGAGUCCUCAAGUGCCAGCAGAGUCCCGUGUUGUGAGAGUUUGGUUCGAGAUGGACAACGUGCAUUUGGAUUUUGAGAGUAUCAAGGGCGCAGGGUUUAAAUACCAUCCAGACCCACAGUUAUACCCCCUGAACCGUGAGAGCCCGACCUUACCUAUCCGCUUCAAACCUGGAGGAGUGCUGGCUGUGGAGGGGAAAGGUCUAACCCUGGCCAUGAGUAAAGAUGAAGUGGUGGCUAGGCUUGGAGACAAGAUAUGUGAUGUGAAGACUCUGGACGACACUCACCUGUACUGUGAACCUCCAGAGGAGCAGCCACUCAGUUUGGACAACGAAGAACUGCCCAGGCUGAAGGUGGUAAUGGGGCAGUUGGAGUUUAAUCUGGGCACAGUGGAGUAUGACGUGGGCACUCACACACCCGUGCCUCUGGAGGCUCAGGUCGGACUGGGAGCCGGAGCAGCCGUGGUCGUGCUCAUCGUCCUUGUCAUCAUCCUUAUGUACAGGAGGAAGAGUAAGCAAGCAAUGCGAGACUACAAGAAGGUUCUGGUUCAGCUGGAAACUCUAGAGAUCAAUGUUGGAGACCAGUGCAGGAAGGAGUUCACAGAUUUGAUGACGGAGAUGAUGGAUUUAAGCAGCGACGUCGGUGGUCCAGGCAUACCUUUCCUGGACUACCGCACAUACGCCGAACGUAUUUUCUUCCCUGGUCAGAGAGGGGCACCACUGAGCCAGAACCUGGACCUGCCAGAAUCUCGCAGACAGACAGUGGAGCAAGGCCUGGGCCAACUCAAUAACCUGCUCAACAACAGACUCUUCCUCACACGAUUUAUCCACACCCUGGAGGAGCAGCAGAACUUCUCCCAGCGGGACCGCGGCUACGUGGCGUCACUGCUCACUAUGGCGCUCCACGAUAAGCUGGAGUACUUCACCGACGUCAUGAAGACCCUGCUGGGGGAUCUGGUGCAGCAGUACGUUGCCAAAAAUCCCAAACUGAUGCUGCGCAGGACUGAGACAGUGGUGGAGAAAAUGCUCACGAACUGGAUGUCCAUCUGUCUCUAUUCAUUCCUAAAGGAGGUAGCAGGGGAGCCUCUGUACAUGCUGUAUAGAGCUAUAAAGUAUCAGGUGGACAAAGGCCCAGUGGACGCAGUGACGGGUAAAGCCAAGCGCACCCUUAAUGACAGCCAUCUACUCCGAGAGGACAUAGACUACUGCUCCAUUACUCUGACAGUGCUGGUUAAGAGCGGAGUAGAAGUCCAACCCUGUCCUGUUAAGGUUCUGGACAUUGACACCAUCACCCAGGUGAAAGACAAGAUCCUGGACCAGAUCUACAAAGGAGCUCCAUUUUCUCAGAGGCCCUCAGCCGAUUCACUGGAUCUCGAGUGGCGAUCAGGGCAAGCAGGUCACCUGACCCUGUCUGAUGAUGAUGUCACAGGCAUAGUGCAUGGUCACUGGAAGAGGCUCAACACUUUGCAGCACUACAAGGUGCCAGACGGAGCCACGGUGGCUCUCAUCCCUCGUUCAAGUGCCGGUGUCACAGGCAUUAAUCAGAUCUUCCAAACUGGAGAAAGUAAGCUUCAUGAGACACCCAUGUUAGAGGGGGAGGAAGACGAGGGUCUCCGUCUGUGGCAUCUUGUGAAGUCGAGCGAGGAUCCCGAAAUCCCCAAACACAGAAAAAGCAGCAUGAGAGAGCGAGAACGCGCCAAAGCCAUCCCCGAGAUCUAUCUCACAAGGCUGCUCUCAAUGAAGGGAACUCUGCAGAAGUUUGUGGACGACGUGUUUGUAGCCAUCCUGAGCACCAAGCGGCCACCCCCGAUUGCCGUCAGGUUUUUCUUCGACUUCCUGGAUGACAUGGCAGAGAAGCACGGCAUCGAUGACCCUGAGACCGUACACAUCUGGAAAACGAACAGCUUACCUCUGCGAUUCUGGGUGAACAUCCUGAAGAACCCUCAGUUUGUGUUUGACGUGCAAGUAACAGACAGCGUAGACGCCGUCCUGUCCGUCAUCGCUCAGACGUUUAUUGAUUCCUGCACCACCUCCGAGCACAAAGUGGGACGGGAUUCCCCUGUGAACAAGCUGCUGUAUGCCAGAGAAAUUCCUCGAUACAAACAGCUAGUGGAGAGGUACUACAGUGAUAUUCACAGUGCUGCAUCAGGAUGCUAUCAGGAGAUGAACUCCAUGCUCACUGAGUUAUCCGGGAGCUUUGCUUCAGAGAUGAACAGCUUGGUGGCGCUGCACGAGCUUUAUAAAUACAUCAACAAAUAUUAUGAUCAGAUUAUCAUGGCUCUAGAGGAAGAUCCUGCAGGCCAGAAAAUGCAAUUAGCCUACCGGCUACAGCAGGUCGCCGCCCUGGUGGAGAACAAAGUCACUGACCUUUGAACUUUGAGCCUUUGACACCUGACCCAGAGGAGGAGAGUCUUUGACCAGCUUGACACAGCUGACGGAAACCAGCUCGGUACUGCGUGAAAUAAGAUCAAGCUGAGGAAUCAGAUUCCCCCACCCCUUCGCCUGCACCCCCACUUCCUGCUUCAGCCUUCGGAAGAAUUGAGUAAGGCUGAAGCGUCAGCUAUUAAGCAGGUUUUAUCACAGAGAGUGUGAGAUAAAAAAAGCACAUACAGCCAUUUUUUAUCUGCUAAGCACAUCGAACUGUUUUUCUACUUAGAUCACACGCGAUUCAGUGCUCGUUUGACACGUCCGAUGCGUGAACGUGAUUUCGUGUGUGUGUGAUCAGUGUUUUUUUUGCUUAGUCGGAAUCAGAAUGUCGACUCUGUGUAGCUUUACGUAACGUAGCAUUUGUGUGAUCUGUUUUUCAGUCUUGCAAUCUGGAAUAUUAAUUGGGUUCUUAGAUUAGCAAUUAUUAAUGACAAACUCAUUCAUAUCAAAUUAUAAAGCACAAGCACAAGUGCCAUAACAAGUGCAAAAACAGCACGUUUUAUUAUAGCACAAGGUGUGUAUGUGUCAGAGAGCAGAUGUGUGUGUGUAUAUGUGGCUAUGCCUGUUUUUUUUUUCUUUUUUGGACAAUAGCAUUUCAGCUUUUAGCUUCAUUUAGAUGAUUUGUCAGAAUGAAUGCACUGGAACGGUUUGAGACUGAAUUAAGUAGUUUUUUUUUUUUUUACUAUAUUAGAUACCCGUAAUAAAGCAGCAGCGAAAUAUUUGAGCAAUAACAAGAUGCUCAACAGAUGUUAUAGUAGGGCUGAGCGAUUAAUCAUAUUUUAAUUAUGAUCAAAAAUUCUUCAGAGAGAUCAUGGGAUAAUACAGAAUUUAAAUGUAUAAUAUGUUAAGUUAAACUUAUAAAUAAUGAUAUACAACAAAGCUAUUUUGUUCCGAAUAAUUAUGAUAAAUAAUCGUGAAUUCAGUAUUGAAAUAUUGAAAAUAAUCGUGGUGAUCAAUUUAGCCCUGGCUGUUUUUCUUCACCUGAUGACUGCAUCAGUAUGUGUUCAAAAGUUCAACGUGGUUCAAAAAUUAGAUGUGAUAAAAAUUAGAUGUGAUACUUUGCUGCUGACUUCAAUCAAAAGAUCAAAAUAAUUUCACUGACUGAAGCCUUAGCACAGAGCUCAGUUUUAAUGUUUUUAAUUUGACAAAACAACGAAACUGGAUUAGGGAUGUUCCUUAGGCGUGGCGUGGUGGCGUUUCUAGAUGAGUGCAUUGGCGAUAAUGACGAAUGGGCGGAGCCAGUGGGCGGAGUUGGUGUGGAAGAGGUGCGGACACUGAAUAGAAGAAACUAACUUAUUUUUACUGUAAAUAGCACUUAUUUAUACAAGAUUACCAAAUGUGCCUUGUUUGUAACCUUUAAUAAUGAUUACCGAUUCCAGUAUACAAGCUUGACGUUAUUUGCCAAAUAGAGAGGAGGAAAGUGCCACAGGAUUUGAAACGACAAAAGCUGGCCUGGACAGAUUCAGCUAUUCACACCACUUCUGACUGUUUUGUUGUUGUUGUUGUGGAGAAAUGUGUUUGUUGUUGGAAGUUUCUGUCUCAGGAUCACAGCUGCCCUUCUCGGUAUUUCAGUAUUGCUAAAUGCUUUCCAGCAUACUUCAGUGUACACUGUUCUGAAGAGUAUAAUCUUCAGGCUCGUAUUUUUUUGGUGUUCUCUGUGAUACUUGUGUAAAUAGAAAUGAUAUUGGUGUGUAAUCACGUGGAUUUCUUUCUCUUUUUUUGUUUGUCUCGGUUUGUUUUUUGCCUGUAGCACUUUGUGUUUACACUUCUGUCUUUUCUGUCGCUUUAUAAAUCUUUGCUAGUGUGUUUCCUGAUUGCUUGAACGGGGUGUGUGUGGUGUGUGCCCUCAUUCAGCCACUCUUGUGUACAGUGAAAAAAAUGCUGGGCACCAAACAAAACACAAAAAACACACCUAUAUGUAAAUACUGUCAUAUUAAAGUAGCUGUUUGUAAUUUGUAAAGCUGCCUACUGGCUGCAAUAGCAAUUUUACAAAAAAAAAAUAAUAAUAAUACAUUGAUAAGCUGUUCCCCUUCCCUUUAAUUCACCCCAUACCUUAUAUUGGAACUACAGGCGCUUCUCGUUUCUUUAAAGGCACGUCCACAUUUCCUUUCAUUGCUUCCCUUCCUCGCUUCUUAGCUUCUUAGGGAAACGAGAUAAUCAUUAAAAUGUAAAGCAUGUGUACAGCACAUGCCUAAAUAUUGAUAUUUUAGCCUAAACAAGAUUCUACUCAUCACUUGACUUUUCAGUUUUUAAAGCAAGACAUAUUAAUUGACUUUCAUGCAAGGAUUUUAUUUGUACCCAUUGCUUAUUUUUUCCCCCCAUUUUCCCCCUAAUUUGGUCCCACCCAGUAGCGAACGCUCCCCUGUUAUACGACAGCUACAAACCGGGGAGGGUGAAGGCUAACACGUGCUUCCUCCGAGACACGUGAAGCCAGCAAAUCUCUGCAUCUUUUUUUUUAAAACUGCUGCUCAUACUGCAUCACAGGGCAGCGUAACACACUCGGAGGAAAGCACUAUUCGCCCUCUUCCACGUGCACGAGCUCUCAGACGCCUGCGAUUGGCUCGUGUCACUGCGAUUACCAGGGGAGAGAGAGGAAUUGUUUUUUAUUUGUUUUUAGCCUUAUGUUAAACUCAACGAAAAAAAUAUACUUCUGCACAGGAAACACCUGUGUAUCCUCACUUUAGAAGUCUUCUUGUAACUUCGAUUCUUCAGAACUGAUGUAACGGAAAGAUGGUGGACUUGAUGAUCGAUCGAUGAAGGAGCCAAGGAGGCAUCAGUUACAGUUUUGUGAAGCAACCUGUAUAUGCCUUACAGGUUACCUUUUAUAGAGAAGAGGUGGAGCUCUCUCCCAGCUGGGGGCAGGGCUACUUUUCAGUCUGGACAAAUGUAAAAAGACAACUACAACAAAGAAACUAGCCACACCCACUGCAUGGCAAUGUUACGAACCACAAUUUUUUUUUAUAAGGUAUUUUGUUUUUCAAAUGGUUACAAACUGCACCUUUGUUACAAGGGACUGCUGAUUCAAUUAAUAGUACCUUCUUUAGAAGAUUGUGGGUUUUUUUGUAAACAAAGACAAAUUGUGAGUUGAUAUUUAUUUAGCAUAUAUAAUUUAGAAAUAUCAGGGUUGGUGAAAGUAAUACUAGAGUACAUGCAGAAUUGGGUAAUUUAAAACAGCAGGUGAAUAUUCAUUUGUUUAUACAGUAUAUGUGUGUUAGCCUGAAAUUUGAAUGUUUGGCUUCUCAGUGUAGUCUUAAUUAUUAGAGACUUGUGCAUGCAUGAGGUUUUAUUGCCCUGUUUUUUUUUUUUACUGAGCGCAUGAUGCUUGUGUCUGUGGUUCACAACCGGCCCGAUCGGACAACGUGUGUAUGUACAAGCAAGCCCCUGUGUAAAGGCGACAGUCUGUGGACCUCCAGUAAAACACACCGUUCCCCAAGAGAAAAAAAAGAGAAACUGCUGAACUCUUUUCUCACUGUACAGUCUGUGACACUGUCUUGCCAAAUGAUUGUUGAUUGAAUGGUGUUUGUGGAGUGAAUCACCAUAUUUUACACAUUUUUUUAUACAAAGGGGAAAAAGAAAAAAGAAUAUGAGGUAAUUUUCUAAAGGAAUCAGGGUUAAAAGAAAGCUUCGGCCCGUUGUAAACUUCAAUUCUCUUUUGUAUUUGUAUUGAAUAUAGUUUGCUAACAGUUGUGUAUAUGUGCCUGUAAAUAUUAUGAAGAAAAAAAAAUUUUUUUGGACUCGGAUACUUUUCUCUGCUGAGGAGAAAUUAAGAGCCAAAAUAAUCACUAAAAUGAAUGAAAUCACAAUUUGUAUGAGAAUUAAAAAAAAUAAAGUUAUAAUUUUAACAGAGGAA